AUGGCAGACGAUGAAUGUAGUUGUGCGGACUCCACUUUCCCGUCUACCGUACCGGAGUUUGGCUGGAGAAUCAAACUUGAUCAUGUAUUCGCGGAAAAGAGGGCACCUCUCAGAAGCCUGAGACUGAAACAGAUUCCUGAACUCUUGCCGAUGUUUUUCAGGUACGCAUGGUAUUGCCGUGGUGUAACAAAGAAAGGUCGCCGUCCUUACAUUGAUCAGAUUCACCCUUUGCAAUCAACGCAGUCUUAUGGCGUUCCUCUUGGCGGAAUUGGCUGUGGUUGUAUUAACAGGGGUUGGAAAGGAGACUUCUGUAGAUGGUCCCUAAUCCCGGGAAUGUAUACUCAUGAUACAGUGCAAACAGAUCAGUUCACAGUAUGCAUCCGAAGAGGUGGUCGGACUACCUAUCAACAGGUUUUAUCGACGUCUCGGCCGACUGACCAGAAUUUAAAUACAUGGAAUUGGGGGUUUAAUCCUUCAUGUGCAACUUAUCAUGCUCUCUACCCACGAGCCUGGACAGUGUAUCAUCUUCCCGGACAAAAUGUGACAUUACUAUGCAGACAAGUAUCACCUAUAUUACCCCAUGAUUAUAAGGACACCAGCCUCCCAGUAGCUGUAUUUGUCUGGGAAGUCUACAAUCAUGGAAAUGAACCUAUUGAUGUCACUAUCAUGUUUUCAUGGCAAAAUGGAACUGGGCAAAAAAGUGAUAAGUCUGGUGGACGAUGGAAUAAACCAUUUACAAUGAAUGAAGGAUUAGUAGAUGGUGUCUUAUUACACAAUGGACAUCCAACAAUAUCAUGUACUAUGGCAAUAUCAGCUGUUUGUAAGCAAAGCAUCCUACCCAGUUCUUGGCUUCAUACACCACUGUAUCAACCUCUAUUAUGCUACAGUCGCUGCUCCUGCUAUCCAGGUGCAUACGUUUGGUAUCCUAGUAACAGUAACCACUUAAUAUUUUGCUUUGUUACACUCUGUCAUAUAUUAUGUUUACAGGACGAUGUAAGUGUGAGCCAUAAGACUGCAUUUGAUCCAUCUGGUGAUGGACUUGAACUAUGGCAGGACCUGAUUAGUGAUGGUGAACUUGACAGUGAACCAGGUGCCAGUUUCAGAACAGUGCCGGGUGAAUUGACUGCUGCAGCUGUUGCAGCAAAAUGCCAUGUGGCUGCAUCAAGUUCCUGUACUGCUGAAUUUUGUCUUGCAUGGGAUAUGCCAAGGGUACAAUUCAUGGCUAAAGAGAAAAUACACAACAGGAGAUACACAAGGUGGUUUGGCACAGAUGGUGAUGCAGGACCAUCAUUAUCAGCUUAUGCUCUAACCCAGUAUCGAGAAUGGGAACACAGAAUAGAAAGAUGGCAAAACCCAAUAUUACAAAAUGAGUCUUUGCCAAGUUGGUACAAAUCAGCGUUAUUUAAUGAAUUGUAUUUUAUAUCUGAUGGUGGAACAAUCUGGAUAGAACAUAACAAAGAGCACAAUGGUUUGAUAAAUUCUGGUGACAUCAACAACAGUGUUAUUAAGCAGUAUGGGAAAUUUGCAUAUUUAGAAGGUCAUGAGUACAGAAUGUUUAACACUUACGAUGUCCAUUUUUAUGCCUCAUUUGCUCUUAUCAUGUUGUGGCCACAACUACAACUUUCACUGCAGUAUGAUAUAGCUUCAGUUAUUUCUGUUGAAGAUCCUGAAAUUCGAAAAGCACAUUUUGGUGGUAGGUCCAAGAGAAAAGAAAGAAAUGUUGUACCACAUGAUAUUGGAGAUCCAGAUGAUGAACCUUGGGUGCGUGUGAAUGCUUAUUUAAUGUAUGAUACAGCAGAUUGGAAAGAUUUGAAUUUGAAAUUUGUUUUGCAAGUUUAUAGAGAUUAUUAUGUGACUAAAGACUUUAUAUACUUGCAAGAUAUGUGGCCGAAAGUAAAGGUUGUAAUGCAGACAUCUUUAGCUUGGGAUACUGAUGGUGAUGGCAUUAUUGAUAAUUCAGGAUAUGCAGAUCAGACAUAUGAUGCGUGGAGUGUCACUGGUGCUAGUGCUUAUUGUGGGGGAUUAUGGCUGGCAGCCGUCAGAGCUAUGAUGGAAAUAGCAAAGAUACUUGAUGAAGAAGACCAAUUUAAAAAAUAUUCUGAUGUGUUGAUACAAGGAAAAAGUUCUUACGAGAAGAAAUUAUGGAAUGGUAAAUAUUAUAACUAUGACAGCAGCAAACAAAAACACAGCAACAGUAUUAUGUGUGACCAGGCUGCUGGACAGUGGUAUUUACGAGCCUGUGGUUUAGUACAGGAAAAUGAUGAAGUUUUCCCCAAAGAUCACAUUCUAUGUGCUCUGCGUGCAAUAUACAAGAUGAAUGUCAUGGGUUUUGAGAAAGGCACCAUGGGAGCUGUCAAUGGAAUGAGGCCUGAUGGAAGUCCAGAUACUACGAGUUUUCAAAGUGAAGAAGUCUGGACUGGGGUAACCUAUGCAUUAGCAGCUAAUAUGAUUCAAGAGGGAUUGUUGGAAGAAGCAUUUACCACUGCCAGUGGGGUCUAUAAAACUUGUUACGAGAGAUGUGGUCUUGGAUUUCAAACACCUGAGGCAUACUUCGCAAACAACUGUUAUCGGUCAUUGGGAUAUAUGCGUCCAUUAGCUAUUUGGGCUAUGCAAUAUGCAGUGGAGAGGACUGAUAAAUUGCAAUAGUAUUACCGAGAUAUUUUGGUUUUGAUCUCAGGGGAUGAAUUGAAUAUGUGCAACAUUAAUAAACCAAUCAAUGUGGUGUUUUUUAUUCAUGUGACUUAUGAUUGCUAUAUAUUGGAUAGAGAGUCAGUCCUAAGGCAAAAAACUAAAAGUUAGUU